UUUCCCUGACCGACACACAUUGACAUUUUCACUGCACGCAAACGUUUGCAGAUUGAGAUUGCUCGGCCAAAAAAGUCACUUAAAUGUGCAAAAUUAAUGCACAAUAUUAACACUAAAAUCUAAACUGGAGUCAUGGACGAAGGUAAGAAUAUUCAACGGCGUCUUCCGCCGGUGGCGCCGGCGGCAAAAAGGCCGGUGUUGGCAAACAGCACAAUACGCUGCCACUGUGGGGCAAUGAGACCUCAAUGAACCUCAAUCCCCUGAUUUUGGCCAACAUACAGAGUUCCAGUUAUUUUAAAGUUCAUCUAUUCAAGCUGAAAACGUACCAUGAGGUCGUCGACGAGAUCUACUACCAAGUGAAGCACAUGGAGCCCUGGGAGCGUGGCUCGCGCAAAACCUCUGGCCAGACGGGCAUGUGCGGCGGUGUACGCGGUGUUGGCGCCGGCGGCAUCGUAUCCACCGCCUACUGUCUGCUCUACAAGCUCUACACGCUCCGUCUGACGCGCAAGCAAGUGAACGGACUACUCAACCAUACAGACUCAGCCUACAUUCGGGCACUAGGUUUUAUGUACUUACGCUAUACGCAGCCGCCGGGAGACUUGUAUGACUGGUACGAGGACUAUCUGCAGGACGAAGAGGAGAUCGACGUCAAAGCGGGCGGCGGCCAGGUGAUGACUAUUGGCCAGAUGGUAUAUCAGUUCAUGACAAAGCUGGACUGGUUCUCCACGCUCUUUCCGCGCAUUCCCGUGCCCAUACAGAAACAGAUCGAGAAGCGGAUCGAGCAAUACUGCCGGGAGCAGGGCAUCACGAUCAGCCAGCUGAGCACGGGUCGGGGCAAUCCUGCAUCGGCAGCUGCGCCCGGCUCUGCUGCAGCCGUGGCCACAGGCUGUGAUGACUAUGAAGGCGGUGGGCGUGGCCAUGGGGCAGCACGUUCCGGCGGAGGUGGCUAUCCGCCUGCCAACUAUCGUAAUGAUCAUGACGAUCGCGACUACUAUGCAGCGCCAUCAUCUGGCUCAUCGUAUGGCCGCAGUCGCUGCUACGACGAUUACCCUCCGCCGGCGUUAGCCUCCUCGAUGCUGCCGUAUGGCAAUGUCGAGCGCGAUAAGGACUAUGGCGACCGCGGCGAUCGCGGCGAUCGCGGCGAUCGUGUCGAGCGGCGUCGCAGCAGCAAGCACAAGAAGAAGCACAAGCACAGACAAAACUCGCGAAGCCGCAGUCGCAGCCGCAGCCGCAGCAAGAGUCGGAGCACCAGUCGUGCCCGUCAUCGUCACGAUCGCAAGCGCGAGGAGCGUGGCAGCCGUCAUCGGUACAACGAUCAUCACGAUGAACGCGAGAAGGAUAAGGACAGGGAGCGUGAGCGGGAGCGCGACAGGGAUAGAGAUAGGGAAAGAGAAAGGGAGCGCGAGCGGGACCGUGACCGUGAGCGUGAUCGUGAACGGGACCGGGAGCGGGAGCGACGCCAUCGUUGACACUGACGAAGUUGUUUUUCUUUAGCAAACUGAAUAUUGUUUCUUAAUAUGUAGAACACUUGAUUUUUUAUUUGUAAUGACAUUUCUACAAUCCUCCUCCUUCCCCUUCCUCCUUCUCCACUUCAUUGCGGGCCAGUGUGAUGCACGUAUACUACUCGCAUUCAACUGGACUUUUACUCAGGUUAACAACAGACUCACACACACACACCACACACACACACACACAUACAGACAAGCAUUAUGGCUAUAUUUUGUAAUUCAUAGCUCUUAACUUUUACGCUGAAUGUAAAUUUUUCAAGUUGAGUUUUUAAUGCAAAAUAAAAAUAAUAACACUUGUUUAA